AUGGCAAUGAAUAACAGUGCCCAAGAGGAACAAAGCGAGGAAGCAAAACAGGAAAGCGCAGCUAUUGAAGAAAGAUUAAUUAAUGAAGAAUAUAAAAUAUGGAAAAAGAAUUCGCCUUUUCUAUAUGACUUGGUAAUCACUCAUGCCCUAGAAUGGCCUUCAUUAACUAUUCAAUGGUUUCGUGAUGUUGAUAAGCCUGAAGGGAAAGAUUACAUGAUACAACGACUGCUAAUUGGAACUCAUACAUCUGGCGACGAGCAAAAUUAUCUGGAGAUAGCACAUGUUCAACUUCCAAAGGAUGACGCUAAUGCCGAUCCAAGGAAAUAUGAUGAUGAUAAAGGAGAAAUUGGAGGCUAUGGAGGAAAUGCAGAAAGCCGAGUUUUCGUUGUUCAAAGGAUUAAUCAUGAUGGAGAAGUUAAUCGUGCUCGAUACAUGCCUCAAAAUCAAGAUGUUAUCGCUACUAAAACAGUGAGUGGUGAUGUUUACAUUUUCGAUCGAACUAAACAUCCGUUAAAGCCCGCCGCAAAUAGCAUUUGUUCUCCUGAACUCAGGCUAAAAGGACAUACAAAGGAAGGAUAUGGUUUAGCAUGGAGCCCCUUUAAGGAUGGUCAUUUGCUAGAUGCGUCAGAGGAUAUGACUAUUUGUCAUUGGGAUAUAACGGGGUAUACCAAAGAUACACGCACGCUUGAUCCAUUUCGCAUCUAUCAAGGUCACGAAGCUAUUGUUGAAGACGUUGCUUGGCAUUGUCUAAAUCCAAAUACUUUCGGAUCAGUUGGUGAUGAUCAAAAACUCCUUAUUUGGGAUAUACGUACCGAAAGUACUGAAAAACCUGUACACACUGUUAAUGCACAUACGAGUGAAAUUAAUAGUCUUGCAUUUAAUCCAAAAAGUGAAUUUGUAUUAGCCACCGGUGCAGGAGAUAAGACUGUGAAUCUCUGGGAUCUUCGAAACCUUAAAAUAAAAUUACACGCUUUAGAAAAUCAUCAAGGUGAAGUAAUCCAAGUCGCAUGGUCACCUUUUGAGGAGACUAUAUUAGCAUCCGCAGCAGGCGAUCGUAGAAUUAUGGUAUGGGAUUUGAGUCGAAUUGGCUCUGAACAAACAGCUGAAGAUGCCGAGGAUGGACCGCCUGAACUACUGUUUGUACACGGUGGACACACAAAUAAGAUUUCGGAAUUCGGUUGGAAUCCUCAUACACCUUGGGUGAUUGCAAGUGCCGCGGAAGAUAAUAUAAUUCAAGUGUGGCAACCUGCGCGAAAUAUUUAUGUUAUUGAUGAAUCAGAUAUACCACCAGAAGAGUUAGAAAACUGA